AUUAUUGUGUGACAGUUGAUAUAGAGGAUUUUGGGUUGACAAUGAUAACAAAAGUUUACAUCCUUGCCAUUGCAUGCGCUGCAGCUCAUGCAGGUGCAAUAUCCUACGUUUCAGGAGGCCUUGGAUUAGACGACGGGCACGGAGUGAGUCUGGGUGGUGGAUUAGGAGAAAUCGAUGGAGGACUAUACGGAGGACACGGCAUCUCCUAUGCUUCUCCAAUUACUAUUGCUAAGCCUAUAGCGCCCAUAGCUAUUGCAAAACAAAUUACUCCGAUCACCUACGCUAAGACUAUAGCACCGAUAGCUUACGCUCAACCUAUAGCGCCGAUAGCUUAUGCUAAACCUGUUGCUGUGGCUAAACAACAAGUAGUUGAUUAUUAUGCGCCUGCGCACUACGAGUUCAAAUAUGGCGUCCAAGAUGCUCACACCGGUGACAAUAAGCAACAAUCAGAAACCAGAGUUGGCGACACUGUCAAGGGCGAGUACUCGCUAGCUGAGCCAGAUGGCACCAUUCGAGUUGUCAAAUACACAGCUGAUCCUCAUAAUGGUUUCAACGCAGUAGUGAGCAGAAUAGGCAAAGCAGCACAUCCUCAAGUUGUACAUAAAGCGGUAGUGGCUGCUCCAAUUGUUACCAAAACUUUAGUGGCUAGCCAUGGACUUGGAUUGGAUCUAGGAGGACAUUAUUG